AUGAUGUGGUGCUGGCGGCGAAGGCUGGGUCUGCAGGCGUUGGGAGGGGAGGUUUGGGCGGCUCUCGUGAGCGAGGCGAAGGGGAAGCAUCAACCCUGGCGGGGCGGUGGGAGGAACAGGCUCAGCUUCCCGGCGAGAGCGUCAGGGGUCUGCAGGGGUCAGGCGAGGCAGCAACAGCGACACGGGGCGCUGUGCCCCAGAAAGCGCGCGGCUCCCCUGCCGGCAAGCCAUUCCCAAGACGUAAAUAACCGGCUGUUUUCCAGCUCUGCGAGGAACGGAGAUGGAGGAGACGAGCCAGCCGAGCAGGCGGACUCUGCUGCCGCUCCGCGGGACGCCGCCCGGCUGGCCGGGACCCGCAGGAGAAGGGCUUGGGAGCGAUCGCUUUCUCCCUUGGAAAGGGUCAGCCGGCUGGUCCCCGAGGAGUUCCUUUCCCCGGAGGUCAGAGCCUUGAAGAGCCCUGAGGCCACGGAAGCCCAGCGGCAGGAAAAAGAAGCCCUUGGGACGGAAGAGGGAUCCGCUCUUCCUCUGGUUAGAUCCCUUCCGCAGCCGGAAUGUCGGGCUGAUCAAGAGCCGCUGCCCGAGGAACUCCGGCAUGCGCCUUCCAAAAACGUUCCCUUUCAAGUAGGGGAUCUAAUUCUAGCGGAGAUGCGCCGGGGACGGUACACUGAGGCUAAAAGACUGUCUAAGCUCACCGCCACCGGAGUGUUGAAUAGCAACUGGGGGGCGGUGAAGUAUGCAGAAAUCCUGGGCCAACUCCCUGGGCAGAUGCUCUGGACGUCCACGGGUCGCAUGUUACUAGUCCGGAGGCCAGCCUUAGAAGAAUUUGUGGUGCUGAUGAAGAGAGGACCUACUAUUUCUUACCCAAAGGAUAUUAAUGCAAUGCUGCUGCUAAUGGAUAUCAGUCAAGGAGACACAGUGUUGGAAGUUGGUUCUGGGUCUGGCAGUAUGAGUUUAUUUCUGUCAAGAGCAGUUGGGCCACAGGGACGUAUUAUAAGUUACGAAGUCAGGAAAGACCACCACAGAGUGGCGAAGAAGAAUUAUCAGACCUGGUGUGACGCAUGGAAAAUAGGGCAUACGGUAGAGUGGCCAGAUAAUGUGGAUUUCAUUAAUGAAGACAUUUUAACAGCCGUUGAGGAUUUGAAAACUGUAACAUUUGAUGCAGUAGCUUUGGAUAUGCUUCUCCCCCAGAAUGCCUUGUGUGCAGUUUCCCCAAAUCUUAAACAGGGAGGUGUUUGUGCAGUGUACCUUGCAAAUAUCACCCAGGUUAUCGAUCUGUUGGAAGCCAUCCGGACCAACAAGUUAACCCUUUUUUGUGAACGGAUUGUUGAAGUGACACACAGAGAUUGGUUAGUACUUCCAGCUGCAUGGAGAAAUGGUGGAAUUUUCCAAAAUAUGGAAUCUAAGAAAAAUGUCAACAAUGAGUCAGCUUGCAAUCAUGAAAAUGAUGAGGUUCCCGCUGAAGAGAGAGAAGAUGAUGCAGCUUUCAUUUCUGACAGUGCAAAACCACAUUACAUUGCUAGACCUUACCCAUGGCAAGUUGGACACACAGCAUUUCUUGUCAAACUGAGGAAAUUUAACCCAGCAUAUCCAAACACUGCUCCAAAUAGUAUAUGCUGAUUUGAAGAUUGCACUUCACCAGAAUUAAAACUGUAAAUAAUCUUUGCUUAUGCAAUUAAGGGAGGCCCAGCUUUAAUUUAUAUUGACUAGAUUUUUGAUACUGUAUGUUAAACAAAAUAUAGAACUUAAAGAAUAAACUUAAUAUUUUGAAAAGUAUUUUGUUCAGAAGACUAUUUGAAUUUCCUAAUAAUUUCUAAACUUGUUGAUAUUUUUUUCAUUCUUCACUUCCAGUAAACCAAGCCAUGGAUUUAUCUUGAGUUGCAUAGCAACCUUUUCUUCCUAUGUCGUGUAGUUUGUUGCAAUCUAUGAAAAAUUAGGGAAAGAAAUUCACAUUGAAAGUAUAUAGUGGCUUACAGUGCUGUUGUUCUAUGUAAUCUAGCAUGCUUAUUGUGCAUUUCAGGACAGGUUACAUUUAGGGGAGCAAUGGAGAAUAAUAUUAGGACAUUAAACCUCUGUUCUCCAGCUAGUCACAAAAGGUGUAAAGGGGCUUGCCAGUGCAAUUGGCCCCAUCUGUUGUUCUUCCACUCAACUUCCUUUAGUUUCUUUUGUGAUCCGUAUAAUGUAAAAGCUGGCAGGAUAGUAUGGGUAACUUUUGAUAGCCCCUCUUGGCUACUCCAUGUAUUAAAAAUCACAGACACAGUUCAUCAGUUUAGGGCACAAUCCUAUUGGGUGCCCUCUUGAUACUUAUAAGCUUCUGACCCCUGAGGCUUAAAAGUACCUGGUGCAGAGUAGAAAGUGUGGCAGAGGCAAUCUUCUCCUCCACCAGACCUCCUGCUUUGCAAUUUAGCUAGACGGGCUUUUUUGCCCAUCUAGCUGAGGCAUGAGGGAGGGGAAAGGAAGGAAGCUGGGAAGGCCUGGGGAUACAGCUUAAGCCCUCCUUUCCCUGCCCACCAGCACGCCCCCUUUCCAUUCGCUCUGAGAUUGCUUUUGCUGUCUGCGAGGGGAAGGGGGCGGAAGCUCAGACUCCUCGGUCUGAGCCCUUUCUUCACCCUUGGAUCCAGGAAUCUGAAGUAUCCCAUGGCCCCCAGGUGCUGUUUAGGGGACAUAGGAUUGCUCUCUUAGAAGUUUAUUCAGAAUAGCAUAUAUUUCACAUUUCAUUUCACUUUUCUGCCCACUAUCCUGCUACUACUCCUUACACACCUCCUCCUCCUGGAGUCUAAUUUGUUUUGGUUUUGUUUCUUAAUAAACAUAGAAUUUACAAAAUUGCAUCCAUGUGGAUCCUAAUAAAUGUGAUGUAAAUUGCUGUUUUAAGUUGCGUCAGGUGG